AUGCACUAAUCUGCGGACGAUCCGCCGCCUCCGAAAAUGCGGCUUAUUCACACUGAAUCACAGUUUGUCUUCCGUCCCCGUGGAAUACCAGUUAAGCAACCGGUGGUUCGUGCAAUGUCGCCUGUCCCCGUCCAGUCACAAUGCAUUCGAUCUGCUCCGUCGAGUGAGCAUGAUUUUGUGAUACAACUAUUGGAAGCCUGUGCGAAAGUUCACAGUGGUCCUUCCCUCCAUCAUCCGGGAUCCGGAUUCAAUGACGGUGGUCCCAGUUGUGGUAUGCACUGGAUCCAUUGUCUGCUCCCUGUAAUCAAUGCCGGUCUAUGUCAACUGACCGCGGAUGUGACUGCAAGCAGCAACACCGGUCAGAGUCAACCGGCUGCCACGUUGGCUUUAGGUCCGGAUGUGCGUGCCCUCGCCCCCGGUAAUCUGAUGGCCAGUCCGGCUCGGAUCUGUGUCAACUUGAUCCGGGCUCAGCUGCGCGGAUUAAAUCUGGUCGCAGUACUGCACGCGGCCCGAAGUGGUUACGCCGAUCGGGUCUCGCUGAACGAAUUCCGACGCCAUUAUGAAUCUCUGAUGACCAGUUCAGUUCGAGAGUCCAUCGUGUCCAGUGGCGAUGGCGAAAUUAGUGAUAAACAGAUUUUCUUGCGAAGUUAUGUGCUUCCUCAAUUGCAACUUCGACGUUCCUCUGUGAAAUCCAUCGCUCCCAAAGGAGAUAACAGCAUUUGUUCCCCUUUGCAUUUGGAUACCACGAAGAAUACAACUGUCACACUUGUGGCCAGUCCACGAGGCACGACAAUCAAUAACACAACCACAUCAACGUCUACAAUUCCAGCGAACAAGAAUCUUCAACAAUAUUUAGAUGCGAAGGCUAAGGCUCCACAAACCGUUCACGAAUUCCGAAUAGAGUCCAUGUCCUCAUCCAGGCUGGACGCGUCACCACCUCGGCAACAACGGAUCCCAGUCCAGUCCGCUGAAAAUGCCUCCGUUCCGAAUGUCCCCAAUCGAUUUCCCUAUUAUUGGCUCAAUUUCCACGUCUUGUUUUUCGAUCUAGAAACCUUUGGCAAACAUGAUCCCUACACUGAUGGUGAUUACAACGCUGCUGUAAACGGUGAGAGCGAGGUCAGCACAGAAUCCUACUUGAACUUGAGAGACAAGAUAGUGAGUAAAAAACAACGUUACCCAAAACAGGAAUCUGGUCUCGUGGUGAAACACUACUCCACGAUUCUGGGUCAGUUUUACUUGAUAAAAGAACAAGGUACUCCUUCGACCUUGGACAAAGUGCGAGCAAACAAGAGACGAAUGAAUAUGCUCGAUCCACGUUGA